GACCGGAAGCCGCGCUGGGUGACAGCUGAGGUGAGAGAGAGGAGCCGUCAUGUCGCUGCAGUUCACAGAUGAGGAGUUUCAGGGAGCCUGGGGGGAGCUGGACGAGCCGCAGCUGGAGGGAGGAUGGGAGCUCUUCACGGAGACGAUGGGAGUGAAGAUCUACCGGCUGUAUGACAAGGAAACUGGACUUUAUGAGUACAAAGUCUUUGGUGUGCUCACCACCUGCACUGCAGAGCUGUGUGCAGAUGUCUACAUGGACUUGAAGUAUCGGAAAGAUUGGGAUAACUAUGCAAAAGAGCUCUAUGAGAAGGACUUCAAUGGACAGACCGCAAUCUACUGGGAAGUAAAAUACCCAUUUCCUUUGUCAAACAGGGACUAUGUGUACAUGAGGGAGCGGAGAGACCUGGAUGUGGACGGCAGGAAGAUCUGGGUGAUCCUGGCCAGGAGUUCCCCAGAUACACCGUGUGCAGAGAAGAGUGGCGUGCUGCGGGUCAAAGACUACAAGCAGAGCGUCGCCCUGGAGAGCGAUGGAGCCGGUGGAACUAAAGUUUUCAUGAACUACUUCGACAACCCCGGUGGCAUGAUCCCUACCUGGCUGGUGAACUGGGCAGCUAAGAGCGGGGUUCCAGGUUUCUUAACCGACAUGCAGAAGGCCUGCAGCAAUUACAGCAACUACUGCCAGAAGAAAUGAACGCAGCUGGCGGGACAACGGCUCACGCACGAGGGCUCACUUUUACUUUUCCUGUUUUGUUUUUGGGAGUUUUUUUAAUGUACAAUCAAAUUUGUCUUUUCCGUUGUUGGGUGAAUGUGGCAUGGCUACUUGUCGCUGUAGCAUGCUGUUGACUCAGGCAUGACGUGCAUGACUUGCCACCCUCAUUAACGGGCUGGCGUGAAAUCAAUUCUGUUCCAUUGUGCUGUAUUAACGAAUACUGUAUUGUCUUUUCUGUGCAGUCACUGUAAGCUCCAGUCCCUCCAGGGUGUGGUUCAUAGAAAAUCCUCCGUUUUGUACGGUAGUGUCACUUUGGGCCCUGUGUGGUUAAAAUUGCAGCUUCUUGCAUAAGAUUUCAUCUCUUGUUUGUUUAACGUCACAUUUCCUAUGUGACAGAUGCAAUAUAAAUUGAUUUAUUGUAUGUUUAGUCACACUCCAAUCCUCUACUGUCGUCCUCUCAUGUGUUAUAAUGGAGCAAAAAUGACAAAUCUGUACUUUUAGAGGAAUGCUGUCUGUUGGGUUUCUUGUCCUUUCUUUUCAUGGGGUCAUUAUGUAUGCAAAGAUUUAUUAUGGGUGUGUGAUGGUCAAAGACACAUACAGUAUCUGAGGUCAUACUGUAUUGAUUUAGGCUGUACCUCAGUACCUCAGAGCUCCUGUUGAUGCAGGUGAAUGUGGUUUUAUCUGAUCAUUUAAAGCCUAUUACUGUGUAAUACUGCUGUGUUAUUGAAAUGAAUAAACUUUUAAUUGAAAUUUAA